AAUAAGACUCCUUUCCCAUCAUCCUUUUUUCACAACAAAUCAAAUUCAUUCCUUUUUCUAGAGCUCAUUCGUUGAGAUCCCCUAUAACUCCAUAAAACGCCAUGCCAUAAUGAUCCUGUAUCCUUACCAAGGUCACUAAAUCCCUUUGUUUAUGUUGCCCUUAAAUUUGUAUCCUAAGGUUUCAUCAUCACUUUUGUCAACACCCAAUCAAUUCAUCAUCAGAUCUCCAAAGCCCAAAAAAACAGGGGAAACCAAAACUACAACAGUUUUGCCAAAGCUCGUCAAUCUGGUCUGGACAUACGUUACGCCAUCGUCCAUGAUAGGUUCCCGCUGUCGUUUGACCGGUCCCUGAACCACGACCAGUUCAUGGAAGGCAAAAUUCAUGUGUUCUCUGCUCACAUUGAUGAACUCGUCGGGAACUUAUUGAAUUCAGAACCAAAAUCACCUCCAACCUGCUUGAUUGCUGAUACAUUCUAUAUAUGGGGAUCUACAUUUACCACCAAAAAUAAACUCAUCCAUGUUUCUUCCUGAACAGAACCCGCUUUGAUUUUCACUCUGUAUUAUCACCUGCACCUGAACCUCCUCAGGAAAAAAUGGCCAAUUUACAUCUCAUCGUGAAUCAACAGGAACCAAAUUUAGAUCAAUUUUUCUUCAUACCCUUUACAUUAUUACAACUAAAAAGAUUACAUUUUUUUUCUUCGACAGAUAAUCACAAGGAUACGAUAGAUUAUAUAUUGGGGGUGAAAGCAAUUGAGCCAAGUGAUCUAAUGUCAUACCUUCAAGCCGACGGCAUAUGGCCGGUGGUGCACCAGGAAAUUUACAAGGCUUUUGAAGAUGUGAAAAGGGCGGACAUGAUUAUUUGCAACACCAUCCAAGAGCUGGAGUCGGAAAACAUCUCGGCCCUCCAUGAGAAUCAACCCACAUACGCCAUUGAGCCCAUUUUCCCAUAUGGCUUCACCAAAAGCAGCGCAACCAUGAGUUUAUGGGCCGAGUCAGACUGCACUCAGUGGCUCAACGACAAACCCACCGGGUCAGUUAUCUUGUACCAAAUUGAAUUGAUUGUCGGCAACCAUUAGGACCAAUUUAGUUGGACAGGGUGGAAAAACAAAAAUAUGGUUUAAAGAUUGGUUCAGAAUAAGUAACGAAACAAGUAUGGAUGCAGUUAUAUGUAUUUAUAGGAUCAGUGAGGCAUCAAGUUUUGAUCAAUCAAUAGAUCAUGUAAUCUUAUUUAGCAACGAUUUCCUAUUUUGCAAUUCAAACUGUUAGAUAUCUAGUGAUAAGAUUUGUUGAGAUCAUGUAAUCACAUAUACACGGCCGAAUAUGAUUUGAUGUUCAACUAAAAUCAUAAAAUUUGUUGAGAUUUGAUAUCUAAUCUCACAAAGCAUCUCUGAAUGACAGUUAGAUUAGAGUUCUAGUUCUAGUCAAAAUUGAAAUCCGGAUUCUAGUUUCGUUCAUAGAACAGAAUAACGUGGGAUUCGAAGAAUUUUCAUUUAUUUUUUCAUUUAAACCUCAAAAAUAUAGAGAAUUGCCACGUAGGAUUAAAUCCUAUGUGGCAUAGGGAGAUUACAUUAUGUUCUCUCUCUCUUGUUUUUGCCUUAGUAUAGUACUAGAUGUUUGGCCCAGGCAGAUGCCCGGGCGCCCCUUCUAAAUUACUAUUUUAUUAAAAUCUAAUUGAAUUACUUUUGAGGAAUUAAUUUGGCG